AUUUUAUAGCUUAUCUAUUUUUUUGUGUAUUCAAAUUUUAAUAUCAUUCCCUGUUAAUGUGAUCCAAUAUAUAUUUUAUUUUUUUAAUGAAUUUAUUUAAAACCAUUUUUAACAAGCUUUUCAAUAAUCGGUCAUUCAAUUAUCUUAAUAGGUAUCGUGGUCAUGUGAAUAAUAAAUAUCGUCUAGAAAGUGGUUUAAUCAAUAAUGAUUCAAUAGUAGUUUCUGGCUCUGAAGAUGCUAAUCUGGUUUGCUGGGAUCUCAUUCAGAAAAAAGUUGUUCAAAGAGUGUAUCAUGCGAAUCAUCGAGUUGUCCAUUCAUUAAGUUGUCAUCCAUCAAAAAAUGAGAUUUUAACAUCAGCUGAAGGAUCUAUCCAUUUAUGGGAAUUCAUUGAACCAGAGGCAUCUUGAAGUACUAAAUGAGAAGACGAGUGUUUCAAUACAAAAUGCUGACAAAAACAAGAGCGUUAUAUUAAAAUAAUGUAAAAAAUGCAUAAAUGUUUUACCCAAUUUAUUUGUGUAAUAAUGAUGAAAAUAUAAUAUUCAAUUUCAUUGAUAUUGGAUUUA